GUUAUAACCACCGAAAGAGAGCCAUUAAGCAAAAGAAAGAAGAAGAGGGAACUGUUGUAAGAUGGCAUCGACGGGGACGCCAAAGCAGCAGACAUGGGAACAACAGCAAUCGCAGGUGCAGAAAGUGAAGAGCUCUGGCGUUAACAUGAUCAACGGAAGUCCAACAGACGAUUAUAAGGAAGAGGAGAUGACGGAAUCUGCUUUGGCGUUGUUUCGAGCCAAAGAAGAAGAGAUCGAGAGGAAGAAGAUGGAGGUUAGGGAUAGAGUUCAGGCUUAUAUGGGCCGUGUCGAGGAAGCCACUCGGCGCUUGGCCGACAUCCGAGAAGAGCUUGAUGCGCUUAUAGAUCCGAUGAGGAAGGAAGUUGCAGUUCUUCGUAAGAAGGUAGACACUGUUAACCGGGAGUUGAAACCACUGGGACAGACAUGCCAGAAGAAGGAAAGAGAGUACAAAGAAGCCCUUGAAACCGUCAAUGAGAAGGAGAAGGAGAAAGCACAACUGGUUAGCAAAUUAAUGGAGCUGGUGAGUGAAAGCGAGAGGUUGAGGAUGAAGAAGCUGGAGGAGCUGAGCAGAAACAUCGAAACCCUUCACUAAAUUUGUGCUGACCACAACAACAUGUGCUUCAUCUUUUUCUUUUUUUCUCUUUUU